GUAGGCAGCUUGCUAGGUUUUCAAACACAGCCGCAGACUCUCUAUUUCCUGGUUACUUCGCAAGGAUGAAUGUGGGCGUUGCUCACAGCGAGGUGAACCCAAACACGCGGGUGAUGAACAGCCGGGGGAUCUGGCUGGCCUACCUGCUGCUCACCACUGCCCUGCAUGUGGUCUUACUCAGCAUCCCUUUCCUCAGUGUGCCUGUGGUGUGGACACUCACCAAUGUCAUACACAACCUGGCGAUGUAUCUGUUUUUACAUACGGUCAAAGGCACGCCGUUUGAGACGCCGGACCAAGGCAAGGCACGUUUGCUCACUCACUGGGAGCAGAUGGACUACGGUGUUCAGUUCACAGCGUCAAGAAAGUUCCUCACCAUCUCACCUAUUAUACUGUACAUCUUGGCCAGCUUCUACACCAAAUAUGAUACUACUCACUUCCUAGUAAACACUGGCUCACUACUAAGUGUCCUCCUUCCCAAGUUGCCUCAGUUUCAUGGAGUUCGUCUGUUUGGUAUAAACAAAUACUGAUAACACUUCAGCCCACUUGUGGAUGGGAUGUAGCAUCAUGGAGAUGAGAUGACUGAGAUUCCUUUAUUCUCCAUCUGAUGCUUUCUUGGUCCAAAGCCGUAAGGCCUUAAGGAACCAAAACUGCACUGGACUGAAGUACACUAUUUAAAAAAAGGCCUUCCGUGCUCAGGUUUAUUCAAUCUGUGGAAUUUCUUUUUUUAAAAUCCUGUCUUAUGUCUGUAAUUUCACUUCAUCAUAAUCUCUAGAUCUCCAUCAUAAUUUUUAGAUUCAUCACAUUCAAGGAUGUUUUUGACUUCAGUGCACCAGACAAUGUGCCAGUUAUCCCCUGCUGAUACUCAUUUUAUGAAAGGGACAAUUCACCCAAAAAUUAAAAUUCUGUCAUUAAUUCCUCACCCUCAUGUCGUUCCAAACUCAUAAGACCUUCAUUCAUCUUUGAAACACAAAUUAAGUGAUUUAAGUUAUUUUUGAUGAAAUCCAAGACCUUUCUGACCCUGCAUAGACAGCAACAUAACUGACAAGUUCAAGGCCCAGAAAGGUAGUACGGACAUCAUUAAAAUAGUCCAUGUAACAUCAGUAGUUCAACCGUAAUGUUAUGAAGCUAUGAGAAUACUUUUUAUGCGCAAAAAAAAACAUCUUUAUUGAACAAUUUCUAAUCUUCUGUGUCAGUCCUCACCAGUUGAACCACUGAUGUCACAUAGACUACUUUAACAAUGUCCUUACUACCUUUCUGGGCCUUGAACGUGCCAGUUGCGUUGCAGAACGUGCCAGUUGCGUUGCAGUCUCGUCUUUCAUUAACAAUACCAAAAAUAAGGUCUUACAGGUUUGGAACAACAUAAGGGUGAGUAAUUAAUGACACAAUUUUCAUUUUCAAGGUUCACUCUGCAUGAACCAAUUUACCACAACAAGCUCUGUUACUGUGGGGUCAAAACAUGAAGCACUGAAUUAUAAUAUUCAGACAGUUUUUUUGUCAGUGUUCGAGUAUAUACAACAUGUCACAACUGCAGUAAAUAAGUUAUGUUUGAAUUAUUAGAAAAACUGAUUAUGGUUUUAAUUUGAAUUGUCUUCUGGCAUUUUUCAUUUAAUUUGCUCUAAAAAAUGCAAAACGAUCUUUGACAAUGUAUAAAUGUGAAAUAGUAAACAAUCUUAAAGUGCUCUCUUUUAAAGCUCAUUGCUAAGGUUUCUUAUAGAGCGCUGGCUAUAUUAGAUUUCUUUGAAUUCCUCUAUUUAUUUCAUUUGUUAUAUCAAUUUGAAGCAACUGCCAUGGUGUGCAUACAUUAUUAUUAUUAAUAUAGGUUUUUAAUAUGUACAUGUAUGCAUGGAUCAUGUUUGUUCGCAAUAUAAAAGUGAAAGUA